AUGGAAGAUUCCAUGCGCCGCAUGGAGGCGCUAGAGUUAGCUGUACAAGGGGCACCUCACACCAAAGUGGAUGUAAAGGCCGGCACAAGAACGCUCGGUGCCACCCUGCGCGAGCUGCACAAGUCUGCCAAAGCGCUCGGACUCAUCAGGACGGUGGAAGAAGCUGAAAGCCGAAUACGCAGUGACCAACAACUGCUCUACCAACAGCAGCAGGACAUGUUGGCGGCCCUUAGAGACAUAAGGGUUGAGCAAAGCAAGCUGUGGACGCACCAGGGAAAUGAGGCUAACGCGCCGCCAGUUGCCCUGGCCGAAGAAAUUGGGGCCUUAAGAAGGGAGGUCGGCGAGCUGCGCGCGUCGCUGAACACCAGGAAGCGCCAACCGCUUCCCUGCGCUAUCGACACAGCCGUCGCCUCAGCAAACGGCGAUGGAGCGAAAGGAUCGCGGGAGAACGUCAGGCGGGAUCCCGGGCUCCGCAAGGGUAGUGCGUACGAUCCGAAGAGCCCCGGCUCGCAACCGGACGGCAAAAGCCAAUCACAACCGAUGGGCGGUGGGCCGCCCGGGCCAGAGGACACCGGCUGGACAUCAGCGGGGCGUAGAAGAAGGCCGAGAAGGACGACUCGAGACCAACCUGUCCAGGCUGGGCGGCCUAAAGCGCAGCUGCCACGCGGUCGCGAGGAGGUGGCCGAAGCUUUGGUGAAGAGGAGGACCCCUAAGACGCAGGCUGUUACCAUCUCGGAGCCCGGGGCCGGUGUCACGUACGCGGCCAUAAUGAAGACCGUCAUGGCGAGCGUGAAGCUCAACGAAAUCGGUGUCGAGGUCGGCACGGUCCGCAGAACCAGAGCGGGCGGCUUCCUCCUACAGGUGAAGACAGCGGAGGAGGCCGAAAAGCUGUCAGGGCGGCUCCAAAGCGCGGUGGGCGAGAUGGCGAAGAUCGGCCGUCCCGUCAGAACGACUCCGGUGCUGAUCGCCAACGUCCCGGACUGGAUGGAGGACGGCGAGGUGGAGGACCACAUCAGGGCUACGGAUCCGGGCGUGGCCGGCGUGUCAGUUAGAAUUCAGGAGAACGUUGGGGGAGGCAAGGUGGCCCUACUUGACGUACCCAUGGACGUGGCGAGCAGACUGGCGGAAGUGGGCAAGGUCAAGAUCGGCUGGAGCUUGUGCCGAGUCAGGUUGCUUGAACGAAGGAAGCCACUAUGCCACAGAUGCCAGAAGCCGGGGCACUUCAAGGCGGAGUGUGCAGAGCCUGAAGCCGCGAAGCAGUGCUACCGGUGCAGGAGAAGUGGCCAUCUAAUCAAGGAUUGUCCCGGCCGACCCCCUGUCGACCGACCAAGAACCAACGGCAACGCCAGUGGAGCAGGACCGGUCGCGGUCAUUGAGGAGGAAGCCUCGCAAUGA